AUGCCUAGAUCACGGAUAAAUGGAAAUUUUAUUGAUCAGACCUUUUCAAUUGUAGCCAAUAUCUUAUUACGAAGGUUCUGUAUUACGGGUCAAUCCUACUCUACUAGCGCUAAUAGGCAGCAUAGGGGAAGAAGCGCUACACCUAGGAAUCAACAACACGAAAACUUUGUUCUAAGUCAGCCCUUUCCUUAGCGGGCUUGGGACUAAAAGAAUGGUUGGGACAACAAACAUCCAUCUCGUUCGUCCUUUGGAUACCCGUAUAACCAUCGAAGGCUAUUGAAGUGACUAAUUCCUGGAAAUUAGGAGGCGUUAAAAACAAAGAAAUUGUUGGAGUUAUCUUAUCAUUUCUAUCUAGUCCCAAUAGGCUUGAUGUUAAGAAAGAAUCUCUUGCAGGAAGGUUGGCUAGAGAUUUCUUGUAAAAACACUAGCCCUGCUGAGUUCAUAAUGAGAAUAUUUUUAUCGUUGAAUCUUUUUUGAUUCUAUGUAUUAUUCUCAUUAUGCACAUAAGGGAGGAGCCGUAUGAGGUGAAAAUCUCACGUACGGUUCUGGAACGGAGAUUCUUUCAAUUGAAUGACGACCGUAACGGAUGUCGGCUCAAUCCGAAGGAAAUUACGCGGAAGCUUUGCAGAAUUAUUAUGAAGCUAUGCGACUAGAAAUUGAUCCCUAUGAUCGAAGUUAUAUACUCUAUAAUAUAGGGCUUAUCCACACAAGUAAUGGAGAACAUACGAAAGCUUUGGAAUAUUAUUUUCGAGCACUAGAACGAAACCCAUUCUUACCACAAGCUUUUAAUAAUAUGGCCGUGAUCUGUCAUUACGUGCGACUAUCUCCACUAUAGAAAGAAAAAAAAAAAAAAAAGAAAAAUCUAGUAAAGUAACUACUAGAACCAAAUAGGCUUUCUACAUAUGCAUCGUCUAAAACAACGAUUUUUAUCAGCUGUAGCAAAGAAAGAAACUUGAUAGAAGUCAAAAUAGGAAAAAAUAAAAAUGCCUAGCAACUUUUUUCUAUGGAUAUAAGGCUUUAAUUGAUAGAGAUAGAGGAAGCACCGUAAAGAUCAAUUUGCGAGGUUUUGGGCCGAUACAAUAAUAACUGCGUACUUAUCUCAUGAUGUGAGAUAAAAAUUAGGAAUUAACUUAUGUAAUAGAGUCGAUCCACUAAAGUCUUGAGCAGCGGUGUAGGAUCAGAUCCCAAAGAUAGUAAGUAUUUUCUUUCAUAAGAAAGAAAGUCUUUUUCAAAGAUUCUAUAUAAAUUUAUCUAUGAAACCGAGAUAGUUACCUUUCAUAAAAUUCUAACACUAGUAGAAAAGCCUAUGCUUUAUUCUUCUGAAGGUGGGAAAAAAGAUAAAACUAAAUAAACGGAUUAUUCAUCCAAAUUUCAGUUUGAAACUCAUGUAAUUAACCUAUUUUUCUUUUGGUUAACCCUAAAACUGGGAUAGAUCCAUGAGAAAUCUCAUUAGAUUUUAUUAGAUAUGGUAUAGAUCAAAAUGGGACACCAAAAGAAUUGACUGCUGAGCCGUAUGAGGUAAGAAAUUCUCAAGUACGGUUCUAAGGAAAGGAAUUGAACUACCUAUUCCGGCCGGGGAGAACAGGCCAUUCAACAGGGAGAUUCUGAAAUUGCGGAGGCUUGGUUUGAUCAAGCCGCUGAGUAUUGGAAACAGGCUAUAGCGCUUACUCCCGGUAAUUAUAUUGAAGCGCAUAAUUGGUUGAAGAUCACAAGACGUUUCGAAUAAAAGAAGACCCCGUUUAUUUAUUAUCCUUUAUUUAGAAUCUUAGUCUAUUAUUUAUUUUUUUAUUUAGAAUUUAGAUAUUUGUUAGAAUUAAUUCUUUGUUGGACCCAUCAGAUCAGUUAACUAAAAAACGGAUCGUUCCUUUGCUUUUGGAAGACCCAAUCACAUAAUUUCAUUAUCUCCCUUCUAAGCCUUCUAUUUCACUUCUAUUUCAUCUGCUAUUUUUUAGGAAUAAAAAAGGAUACACAGAUAGAGUACAAAAUAGACUUCUUUUUAUUAUAUUUUUAUUAAAUUAAACAAAAUUCUUAUUAUUAAAACUAAUAAAAGAAACCCUCGAAUCACUAAAUAUAUAUAUACCGGGGAUGUCUCUUAGUAAUGUCUCAUGGCUACUCGCGUGAUUUGGAAUAGAGUAAUUAAAAUCUUCUAGGUAAAAAAUUAAAGAGCUCCAUCUAAUAACUUCUAUGAAUAUACACUAGGUUGCACAAAAAAGUUGUUUUUGGAUCAAUCCAAAGCUCAAAAAGGUUUUUAAAGGGUUAAAAGGUCCGUUGAGCGCCUCAAGGCUAUGUCAUAAUAGAUCCGAACACUUGCCCCGGAUCGACUUCCAGAUCAUAAUUGCUCUAGUAAAUAACUAAAGAAAAUAGAGAGAUAGGAGAUAGAAAAAUAGAAGAGAAACGAACUAAUUAUAGAAAUAUCUCUCUAUCUCUAAGGUUCACUAAUUAUUUGACUGUUGGCGGGUCUCUUUGUAUGUGUUGUCCGGAAAGAGGAGGACUCAAUGAUUAUUCGUUCGCCGGAACCAGAAGUUAAAA